CGUCUGUAGCUCAGCAGUUAAUGGUGCAUCUCCUGUUCUGUGUACUAGGCUGUGACUAGUUGCUGGGAGACAGACGCGAGCGUGUAAGCACGGAAUCCGCCAUGGAUGCAGUGACCUAUGUGGAUGUGCAUGUGAACUUCACUCAUGAAGAGUGGGCUUUGCUGGAUCCUUCCCAGAAGAGUCUCUACAAAGAUGUGAUGCUGGAAACCUACUGGAACCUCACUAUUUUAGGGUACAAAUGGGAAGACCACAAUAUUGAAGAACAUUAUCAAAAUUCUUCAAGACAUGGAAGGUGUGUCAUCUGUCACUCUGGAUACAAUCCAUGUGAACAUAAGGGGUAUGGAAAGAAGCAUUGUACUUCUGGCACUCUAUACUAUGAGUAUAAUCCAAGUUAUAAAGCCUUUGCAUGUGACAGUCUUCAUCGUCAAGUACAUAGAAUUCAAACUCCAGAGAAAUGCUAUGAAUGUAAUCAAUGUAGUAAACCCUAUGUACAGAUGAGUGAUCUUCACAGACAUGAAAGAGUUUAUACUGGAGAGAAACCCUAUGAGUGUAAUCAAUGUGGUAAAGCUUUUGCACAGAAGAGUAAUCUUCAAAGUCAUGAAAGAAUUCAUACUGGAGAGAAACCCUAUAAAUGUAAUGAAUGUGGUAAAGCCUUUGCAAUGAAGAGUUAUCUUCUCAACCAUGAAAGAAUUCAUACUGGAGAGAAACCUUAUGAAUGUAAUCAAUGUGGUAGAGCCUUUGCUCAGAAGAGUACUCUUCAAAGUCAUGAAAGAAUUCAUACUGGAGUGAAACCUUAUGAGUGUAAUCAAUGUGGUAAAGCUUUUGCAAAAAAGGGUUGUCUUCUCACCCAUGAAAGAAUUCAUACUGGAGAGAAACCCUAUGAAUGUAAUCAAUGUGGUAAAGCCUUUGCAUUGAAGAGUCAUCUUCACAAUCAUGAAAGAAUUCAUACUGGAGAGAAACCCUAUGAAUGUAAUCAAUGUGGUAAAGCCUUUGUACAGAAGAGUAACCUUCUAGGUCAUGAAAGAAUUCAUACUGGAGAGAAACCAUAUAAAUGUUACCAAUGUGGAAAAGCCUUUGCACAGAAGAUUAGUCUUCAAAGUCAUGAAAGAAUUCAUACAGGAGAGAAACCCUAUGAAUGUAAUCAGUGUGGUAAAGCCUUUGCAACAAGGAGUUAUCUUCUCAACCAUGAAAGAAUUCAUACUAGAGAGAAACCCUAUGAAUGUAAUCAAUGUGGUAAAGCCUUUGCAUUGAAGAGUCAUUUUCACAAUCAUGAAAGAAUUCAUACUGGAGAGAAACCCUAUGAAUGUAAUCAAUGUGGUAAAGCCUUUGUACAGAAGAGUAGCCUUCUAGGUCAUGAAAGAAUUCAUACUGGAGCGAAACCCUAUAAAUGUGACCAAUGUGGUAAAGCAUUUGCAAAGAAGAGUAAUCUUCGUCAUGAAAGAAUUCAUACUGGACAGUACCAUGUGGAUGUAAUCAAUGUGGUAAUUUCAGAUGUGAGCUGCCAUGUGGGUGCUGCAAACUGAAUUAUGUUUUCUACAAGAGGUACUUGCUGGAGUCCGGUGUCAUAGGCUUCAGGUCCCAAAGAAGAGAUCAGGCAUCAGUAGAAGAAGGAGACUGCCAUGAUCUGAGUGUGAAGCAGUAUAGCUGCUGGUUUAUUGAAAAACGACUACAUAUUUUAUACUCUAUAACUGAAUGUUAGUUUAGACUCAAGCAGGUUAAAAACAGACUUAAUGAUUCCAGGAUAAAAGCAGCCAUCAACCUUAUCACAGCAUUUUUCCUGGUGCAAAAAGUGAUAAAUUCAGCAAGUAUCUUCAUGCCUUUCUGGAUGUGAACCCAUUGUUUCCUUUUAUAGUUGCUUUCAUCCUUGGAACUAGGUGUAUCCAGUUAGUAAAUCAUUAAGUUCUCUAUUUUGGUGUAAUCAGGGGGACACAAUGGGGCUUCUUGUGUGGGAGUAGACAUAGUGAUCACAUUGUGUGGUUCCAUGGUGGUGGGAUUUUUUCCAAGAAUUUUGUUUAAAGAGACUGCCUUGCCUAUGUAUAUGUUCCCAUCCUCCAGUGUAGCCAGCAAAAUAAAUUUCCCAUAGUAAAAGGCAUAAGGAAACUCCAUAACAUAUAGUGAGAAUUAUUAAAAUUGAAAUAAAAAUGAUGCUGGAGAAUUAAGAUCGGCAAUGAGGAAAUGCUGGAACUUUGUCAAACAGCAAUGAUCACCAUGCAGUCCAUGCCAGGUGGUAAACUGCUAAACAAUUUCUCAUCCCUUUUUUUUCUUUUAAGAUUCAUUUUAUUAUUGUUACCUUUGUGAGUCCAUAUGAACAGUAUACUUUAAAAUCAGAUGUCAGCCUGUGUGACCCAGUUCUUCCUUUCUAUCAUGUCUGUUCUGAGGACCACACCAGGUCCAUCAGUCUUGGUUGAAAGCAGCUUUACCUGAUGAGCCAUGCCAUGAUGAACACUGAGCUGUGAUUUUUUUUUUUUAAUCAUUGAUUUUUUUUUUUUGUUUUUUUUAAACAGGCUAACGAAGUUCAGGCUGACCUUGAACUUCAGAUGUUUCUGCUUCCAACUCCAGUUACUAGGAUGACAGGUUUUAGUACCAUGCCCUGUUUAUGCAGAGGUCUUGUGUAUGCUGAGCAAAUAUUCUGUCCAAUGACCGCCAUCUGUUAUGAAAACAUUGAUGUAGUCGAGUUUUUCAUAUACAGGUUUACACUGGGAACCUGCCUCAAAACUGCAAACACAAACUUUUGUUAAAAUAAACUGUGUGUGUGUGUUUUCA